AGUACCUCCUGGUUCCUCGCUCUUGCCCUGCCUAUGCGCCACCCAGCGACCAAUAUCCCCAUGUCGAGCACGCAGUGGAUGUACACCUAUGGGCUCGAACGUGGGCGCAAGGUCGAGCGAGACACCUACACGCCGGGCGGCGGCACCCGAGAGGAGAUCAACAAUGUUUUAAUCUACCGACUUACACCUCCCGGGCAGCCUGCAGUCCCAGGCGUAGGAGUGCAGAAAGAAGACUUGGCCGUAGCAGGGGGAGGGGUGGACAUGACCUCUCUCUCCGAGUCCCAGGAGAGGGACUGGGUCAGCAAGUUCUUUAUUUGGAGAGUUCUGAUGGAGCUCAAGCGCAUUGGACGUGUCAGGGUGUCUGAUCCGGGCUGUUUAUGGGAUGAGGUAUGCAGGGAGGUUACGGAGGGGCUCGAGGAGCGUGUCAGGGGAAGCUUGGAGCCUAGGGUCAUCCAGUGCAGCUACACGUUCUAAGGUGGGGGAGGAAAGUGAGGACGGGUCAUGCGGUUGUAGUGCGCUAGUGGGAGC